GAUAAAAUUUAAUAGCGACAGACGCCGACCCCUCUUCAACACCGAACAGAUAACUAUUCUGUCGACGCAUUGUUUCCAGUCAAGAUGCCUGCGCCGACAGCUCUUCAAAGGCGCCCGGAAGAAAUUGCGCAGGCUGAAGCAUCGACCCUGCCCCAGCCCAUUCAAGAUGAGGACGAUGUCUUGAUCGAUGCCACCACGGCGGCCCCUGAUGUGCCCAACCCCGCGCCCCAGACGGACUCUGCUGAAGACAGUGAGAUGCGCAUCGACGAAGAAGGCCGCCCCGUCUUUACGCCCGCAAAGGAUGUCAACCAGGCUUAUCGCGUUGAGACCCGGAAGGUCCCUGUGCCACCACACCGCAUGACUCCUCUCAAGACAUACUGGCCCAAGAUCUACCCUCCAUUGGUCGAGCACCUGAAGCUGCAAGUGCGAAUGAACAUCAAGAACCGUGCUGUCGAGCUGCGAACGUCGAAGUUUACUACGGACACCGGUGCGCUGCAGAAGGGUGAAGAUUUCGUGAAGGCUUUCUGCCUGUCGUUCGACGUUGAUGAUGCGAUCGCUCUUCUCAGACUGGACGACCUCUAUAUCCGAGAGUUCGAGAUCAAGGACGUGAAGGCCUCCCUGAAUGGCGAGCACUUGGGCCGUGCGAUCGGACGUAUUGCAGGAAAGGACGGAAAGACGAAAUUUGCGAUCGAGAACGCGACUCGCACCAGAGUCGUGCUGCAGGACCAGAAGAUUAGAAUCCUGGGCGGUUUCAAGAACAUCAACAUGGCGCAGGAGGCCAUUGUUAGUUUGAUUCUGGGUAGCCCUCCGGGCAAGGUGUAUGGAAACCUUCGUACCGUGGCUUCGCGCAUGAAGGAGCGAUUCUGAUAUAUACCCCGUGGGAUCUCAUUGGCCCUUCCUCUUAUCAGCAUAGCAAGGCGUUCGGGAGUCGAUUCGAGCAGGAUAUGGUUUCUACAAUGAGACUGAACCGGGAAAAAAGGGAAUAAAACAGAAAGACCAUCUGAUUACGAAUUUGGACAAAAAGUAGGCUCAUGAAAUGAACAUA